AUGAUUUUCUUACCCUCCUUAGAAACAGCUGACAGAGAGAAAAUCAUGGACAUCGACCAGUUGUUGUCGGAACGGGUGUUGGAACUCUUUGGGCCCGAAACACUCGAGCUCGAUAACCAAUAUCAAGUCGACAUAUCCCUGCAACACAUCCAACCAGUAUCUUCCGAGUAUGUAGAUCAGAAGGAGCAAUUAAAGGCCCAGGCUAAGUAUCGCCGCGAAGCUGACGCCAAACUCACCAAAUACUCUUUAGAACCGACAUUCUAUAUGCCCAGUACUAUUAGAGCAACACCUAUCAUCUAUACUGAACCUGAAGAACAAGAGCCACCACAGGAAAACCAAACAUCAGACCAAACACCUACCUCACAAAAUUCACAAACAGAACAUCAGAAUAAGAUGAGCAACACUAAAAAGCGGAAGGAGCGAUACAAGGAGACCAGAAGGAACAUCCGGAAGCAACGUAAAGAAGAAAAAUCCGCAAAACCUCCUCCAACCACUUGA